AUGUCAGAUUGGUUCGGCUGCUCAACUAACGCCAGCGCCGCUGUUUUCAUAUUUUCUUUAGUUGUUACAGAUACCGGUCGCUUAGAACACGGUGCGUCGACAACAGAGCCUGUUUUUUUUAAUUUCUGGCAGGCUAGAAGCGAUUUGAAACGAGAUUUAACAACAAAACCGCCAAGUUCAAUAACUACUACAAAAAAAAUUCAAGAAACUACUAUUCCACCAUUAAAAUCGGAAACAGUAACUAAAUUACCGAGUACUUUACCCUUUUACACUGAAACAACCCCCAAGAAAAUCAAUUUGAUCACCUCAACUAUAUCUUCCACUGAUGGAAGUACUAUAUACGAUACGACGGUUAACGAUUUUACGGAAACCACUGAAGAACCAAGGGAUAACAGCAGGAACCACGAUUUUUAUCUGAGUAAGAGGGAAAGGCCGCAAAUAAAAAUAUCAACUAAUAUAAGUCAGAAUCUACUGCCUUUACCAGCAGGUGCGAGUGCGGCUUUGGUGAAACCAACAAAAUACCACUAUUAUCCACACAAUCAACAUAUCUACUUAUUACCAGAAUGUGCUAUUCAACAGGUGUGUAACGCGGUGUACAUUAGACUUAACUGGACCCAGCCUUUAUGUGCGUGCCCAUCCAGAUACAGAGAUCCUUGCUCAGCCUCUUUGAACUCUGAUGAUCAACAUACUACAGAACUUAUGACAGACAGAAACUCACGAAAAGCAUUAACGUUAGUAAAAACGUGUGAACCAAUUGCCGAGAUGAGACUGUGCAGAUCUCCCCGAGACUGGUCCCUUCUAGCUCUUCAAAAUAUUCGUAGUGGAAAAUCUCAUUAUCUCGUCAUUUGUAGAUGUCCUGAUACUAGUAUUUUAGAGGGGCCUAUGUCACAUGAUCAACCGACUUACGCUAGCGUACCAGGAAUUAGGGUAUUCGGUAUGAUGUGUGUGGAUGGACGAAAAGAUCGACAAGCUAGGAAACAGAAGAGCCUCGAAACACCUCAAUUUCCUUGGGAAAAAGCUAUAGAAUUAGCAAGAACUGCCUUAUGGGACUGA